AUGUUACUUUUUUUCCCUAUCUAUUCUUGUUGCAACAAUUUCAGCCUCUGUCAAUCAUUCUUGUCCCCUAGUUUAUUUUUGUCUAUAAACGGACAUUUCCUGACUGCUCCAAUUACCGUCUCCCCAGCCAGUUUUCUUAAAUUCAUCAUACCGAACUCCCCCUUUCCCCCUUCCAUAACCAUUCCUCUUUUCCAAUCCGUCCUACCGUCCGGUUGUCCGGCAGCCUUCGUCCGUCCAAAGCUACAUUUUUACCCUCUUAUUAUAUUCCACUUCCCUAUCCGAUUUAAAUUCUUCGACUACUUUCUUACUUUUGCUCUCUCUCUCUCUCUCUCUCUCUCUCUCUCUCUCUUUUUCACUCGCUCACUGUUCUCUCUCUCUCUCACUUUCCAUCCUCUCCGAUUUUCUCUCUCCCCCUCUCCUCUUUCUCUCUCCCUCUACUCUCUCUCCCCCUCCGCUCUCUCCCAUUCCUCUCUCUCUCUCUCUAUCUACCUCUCUCACUCUCUCUCACUCACUGUAUUAUGUCUAUUCUAUCCGAUUUUCUCCCUCUGUAUCACUCUCUCUCCCUUUCUCUCACUAUAUGCUCUUACAUUCUAUCCGAUUCUCUCUCUCCAUCUCUUUCACUAUAUUCUAUCUAUCUAUCUAUCUAUCUAUCUAUCUAUCUAUCUAUCUCUAUCUAUCUGUUUUCAUCAUGCAAGUUCCCUUUUUCUUUCAAUAAAAAAUUCGCCGUAUUUUUCUUCUCAUAAAUUAAUUCUCUCUCUCUCUUCCUCUCUCUCUCCUCUCUCUCUCUCUCACUUACACUCUCUCUCUCUCUCUCUCUCUUUCUAUCUAUCUAUCUACAAUUGUAACAAUCUCUUGGAGCAAGACAAGCUCAGUGAGGCACAAAAAGACAUCCUCAAGGUCGGACGUAACUCCUACCUAUAA